CGGAAAGGAUCAGGAAUACGGUGUGUGCUGAGGAAGUGGGAAAGGGCCACGCCUACUUAUAUCAUUCAUCGUGGGUGGAGGAUAGAUAAUGGGCAAGGCGGCUCUGAUCAUCGUCGAUGUGCAGAACGACUUCUGCGAGGGCGGCUCGUUGGCGGUGAAUGAGGCCGAGGAGAUCCUCCCAGUUAUCAACAGCCUCAGGGACAAACCCCUCUUCGAUUGUGUCAUCCUCACGUAAGACAUACACGCAGCGCAGACUCGCAUCUCUCUGUGUCUGUCUGUGUGUUAACUGUAUUCAUAAAUUGUGCUGUGUCCACCUUGUUUGCAGCUGCGACUGGCACCCGCUUGACCACUGUUCGUUCGCGGCCAACCACCCCGGCGCCGAGCUCUUCACAGUCAAGAAGCUGCCAGACACGGGUGUGGACCAGAUGAUGUGGCCGGUGCACUGCGUGGCGCACUCGGUGGGCGCGGCCUUCCAUCCCCAGCUGAAGCGCUGUGCAGGUGACCUCAUUGUGAGGAAGGGUCUGGACAAGACCGUCGACAGCUACAGCGGGUUUGGGAGCGCCCCAGAGAAGACGGAGCUGCUGCAGCUGCUCAAGGACAGGGGCAUUCAGACCGUCUACACAGUGGUAGGGUGUCUACACACAACACAACACAACACAAGGAGGCAAUCGAAUCCCACCCACACUUAAUUGUCAUCCCAUCCGUGUGUUUUGUGUGUCUGUCUGACAUGCAUCAUACAGGGUCUUGCAACCGAUUACUGUGUGGGCUCGACCGCCCUUGACGCCGCCAAGAAUGGCUUCGAGACGUACGUGGUGCUGAAUGCCUGUCGGGGGGUGGCGCAGUGCACGACGGACAGCAUGAAGCAGAAGCUGCAGGAGGCCAACGUCAAGAUCAUUCAGUCGACCGAUGUGCCGUAGCUGGCCUGGCCAAGCCCCCUUCGGUUCUGUAGGGUGUGUAGGGUGUGUGUGUAUGCAGUGACUGAGUGAGUGCUUUGGGUGAAUGUCUGAAUGGGAGCGGCAGGGAGAGACGACGAUGCGUCUUUUUGCGCAGCCAGCCC